AUGUCAUUGAUUUCUUUAUCGGAAAAUCUUACGGUUUUAAAAGAAACCAAAGAAGAAGGAACAGAGGGAUACAACUCACUUCGCGCCCCCAAUGAUGGAAAUUCCGUUUCGUUGAUAAUGGUUGAAUGGGAUUGUGAGCCAGUAGGCAAGGCGAAAUUGAUCUGUGUCGCUGAUCUUCUAUCUGUUGCUACACCGCCUCCUACAGAACUCAUACAGAGAGAGUGA